UAAUAAAACGGACAAAAAGCAUUAAAUAAAGUGACAAGCUUUUGCUUCUUCUUCACUUCUGUCCUCUGUUCUUUCUCAUAUCUAAUUUCUGCAUUUUUUCUGUAUCUUUUCCUUCUUAGAGUCACCAACUCUUAUUCAUCAGCUCAUAAGAAGAUAAAUUGGGGAGCAAACGACCACCAGUAUGGAUGGUAGCCGUCCUUUACCAGAAGAUCUAUUAGUGGAAAUUCUAUUGAGGUUGCCUGUGGAGUCACUCUUGCGUUUCAAAUGUGUGUCCAAGCAUUGGUAUGCUCUCAUCAAAAGUCCAAGUUUCAUAGAAAAACAUUUUCAUUACAAGAACAAUCGUGCCCGUCUCCUCAUUUGUAACUUAACAAUAUCAAAUUUAUCAAAAUCCGUUGCUUUUUGCUUGCUCCCUGGUAAAAUAGUUCCAGGUGUGACCCCUGAACAAAAAACUCUCUAUCAGUUUCAGAGGACUGAUUUCAUGUCCAUUACUGGCCCGGUUGAUGGCUUAUUCUUGGUGCAAAAACCGUUUUAUGACGACGAUGUUUGCUUGGCUUUGUGGAAUCCUUCCACCAGAGAGUUCUGGCCUCUGCCUCCUGUGUCUUUUGAGCUUCAGUCAGAGGAUUAUGAUGAACAAUUUGCACUGGGAUAUGACCCGUCGACUCGAGAUUAUAAGGUUGUAUGUAUUCGAAGAUUUUGGGAUAACUUUGGACAAGGCGCUUUCACUCGAGUCUUUGUCAGUGUCUAUUCGUUACGCAACAACUCAUGGAAGAACCUGAGAUCUGAAUUCCCUUCCUGUUGUCACUUAAAUGAAACCAUUGGUGCCACUUAUCUCAACGGGGUAUAUUAUUGGCUCUCAGGAGGCCUAGACAAAAUCUGCAGGAUACGCUCAUUUGACAUGGCCAGUGAACAGUUUGGGGAGAUGCACGCACUAGAUAUUCCAAAAGCACGGUGGGGAGCACUUAUGUUGCGUGGUGACUCGCUUGCUCUCUUAGUUUGUGACCAGCCUGGUAAGGCUAUGACAUCCAUAUAUGAAGUGUGGGUAAUGAAACAAGAGGGUAGUUGGACCAAAGUUCUUACUGUUCAACCUCUUAUAGAUGCUCAUUGGCCUCGCGGCAUCUGGGAGGAUGAUAAGAUGAUUUUCAAAAUCACUGAAACUUCACAGCUGGUGCUAUAUGAUCCUACAACAAGAGAAGUUACAGAGCUUGGAUUUCAGCUGGACCGAACCUGGGGUCAAUGUUGGGUUUUCAAUUACAAGGAGAGCCUAGUUCCAAUAACGAGAGGAAACGAUAACCUCGGCCAGGACAAUGCAGUCAAGAAAAUCGACCACUUCUUCAAUAUAGAUUACGAAGAAGAUCCGGGCCUGUUGGUUGUUAUAUAAAAUCUAACACUGCAUUUUAUCUUAGUUUGGAACAGAAUGUCCAUAGGAAAUAGAACUAAUCUAGUUUUGCCCGAGCUGUAUUUCCCAUAUUAGUAAUAUGUCUGUAAAGCCCUGCAAGUAUGGUGCUAAGUGAAGAGUAGCAACAUUUUGUAGAUGAAGAAUUGACAGAAAAACUAUACCCAUGGGUUGGUCUUGGUGCUGUAAUGGCUUGAAGGUUAAAUUGACAAGGGUGUAUUAUGUGAUGAUAUAUGCAUUUAUAGUAUGGGGUUAGUCCAGUUGAUGUUAGUUUUGAUUGGUC